UUAUUGAUGGAAAGUUUUUGUCUGAGAUGGUCUUGGUCACUUCAAGGACUUAAUUGAUUGAUUAAAACCGUCUCGGUGUUUUCAGGAAGACUUUGCGGCGCUGUCCCAUAACGGAGUCUUACGAGUCAGUCACAGCGUCGAGAACCUCUCGAAGUCGUUAGCCGAAACGGCUCCUUCGAAUACCGGGCUAAAGAUGCCUUCUCCUCCAAUUUCUCUUGAUGUCGAAUUGUGCGCCGCGACCUCAAAUGCCCUCCAACCGAAGGAGACUACUGGUAGCGAAAACUUGGAAAACACCAGGAACAAUAAGGUUGUCCCCAACAGAAAAAAGGCGUUCAGCCUAUGCGAAAAAAAGCGCUACGUUUUGCAAUCUGAGGUGGUGAACUAUUUAGCGUUCGUCAACGAAGAUUUGUACAAUAUCCAGAGAAGACUGUUGGAAGACACAGCAAGGUUUAAGGUAAAGCUUCGCAAGAUAAUCGAAGAAGCUGUGUCGCACUGCUAUCGCGAUCUGCUCUGGCAGAAGCUGUUGAUGGGAGUCACUUUAGCACAUAGCAGUAAGCAAAAAGACCAGAGCAUUAAAAUAACAUUCAAUGAAUUCGAACUUCUUCUCGAAUCAGUGUACAGAACGCCGUUGCAAAACACGGACGAGCAGCUGCAGUCGUUACUAAAUCUCAGCAGUAGCAGGAUGAUCGGGUUGAUUAGAUGUCUACAAACAAAAUUUACCGAGCAUUGUCGUUUCCUCAUCAGUCCUGAUCUGAAACGACAGUAUUUAGUACUGCUGAAUCCGAACUAUCUUGACUGUUUUAUCAUGGUACUUGCGGACUGCGCUAAGCGGAAGUCUGGAGCGUUUCUAGUGUAUAAAGACGUACAAGCGUUCGAAGCGGAAUUGGAAGGCGGCGUCGAAAGCAAGAUGUUCAGGUCGAUGAGUGUGCAGCAUUUCUGUGAAGAUUUCAUCAACGUCGCUGCCUACUUUGCUUGGACACAGUUGCUAGCAUCGUCGUGA